AUGCACGGGUCAACUGAUUAUUUUGUCAGGAAGAAGGUCGCCAUUAUCGGCAGCGGCUGCGCGGGUAUUGGAGCUCUGUGGGCAUUGAACAAGACAUAUCAUGACGUCUACAUGUAUGAGGCCGCCGACCGGCUGGGUGGCCACACCAACACAGUCCAAUUCAAAAAGGGAAAAUAUACCACGGCUGUCGACACCGGCUUCAUCGUGUUGAACGAGGCCACAUACCCAAAUUUUAUCAGUUUUUUAGACAAGGUCGGCGUAAAAACCGAGCCCACGGAAAUGACCUUCAGUGUAUCUCGGGAUCGUGGCGUCUUUGAAUGGGCAGGGUCAAGUUUGACAUCGCUUUUCUGUCAAAGGAGAAACAUACUAUCACCACGGAUGUGGCGAAUGAUCUUUGACAUCAUUCGCUUCAACCAAUUCGCACUUGACAUGCUCAUCAAUGAAGAAGAGGACAAGCAUCAUUGCCACGUCGGAAAUGCCAUGAUGAAUCAUCUGAGCAAGGAGGAGACAAUCGGAGACUACCUGGACCGCGAAGGUUAUUCGGAAGCAUUUCGAGAUGAGUAUCUCAUUCCCAUGACGGCGGCGGUUUGGAGCACAAGCCCAGACAAGUGCACAUUGGAUUUUCCGGCUGUAACACUUGUCCGCUUCCUCUGGAAUCACCAUCUAUUAUCGACAGUCUCUGCUCGACCUCAGUGGCUCACUUUGAAGGAUGGAUCCAAGUCAUACGUUGACGCGGUGAUGAAAGGUUUCCCCCCAAACCACGUCUUCUUGAAAACACCAGUUCAGCGCGUUUCCAGCGAAAGUGAUGGCCGAGUAAGGCUCCAUUUGGAGAACGGCACUUCGGCAGUCUAUGAUCAUGUCAUUAUGGCAACCCACGGUGAUGAAGCACUGGACCUUAUACGGUCUUCCGCCACUGAGGAAGAAAUGUCCAUUCUGUCGUGCUUCCAAACUUCACAGAAUGAGGCUGUCCUGCACUCUGAUCUAUCUUUGAUGCCAACCAGGCGGAAAGCCUGGACUAGUUGGAACUAUCUCACCCUAUCCUCACCGUCGACACGGAAAACAAACAUUGAUAAGGUUUCAUUAACCUACAACAUGAACAUUCUCCAACACAUCCCCCGAGAAACGUUUGGCGACGUCCUUGUUACCCUCAACCCUAUCUUCAAGCCUCGGCCAGAGACGAUCCAAGGGCGCUAUUAUUACUCUCAUCCUCUAUAUACCCCGUUGGCUAUCCGUGCACAAAAGCUUCUGAGACAUAUUCAAAACACUCGAGGGAUCAGUUAUGCGGGAGCUUGGACCAAGUACGGCUUCCAUGAGGAUGGGUUCAGCAGCGGACUUCACGUUGCCCAAGAGCACCUGGGCGCAAGAUUGCCAUUCAACUUCAAAGAUUCAACUUACAGCAGAGGGCGAAGGCCUCGCCUAGGAUUGAUUGACCAUCUCCUGCGGCUCGUUAUUUUGAUCAUCCAGGUUUUCGUGGUCCAGACUUUUGAGAGAUUGUUUGGGUCUAAGGGGUCACGAAGUCCACAGCUCGUUAAUGGAAUUCAUGGAAAGAAAUUGAAUGGGAAAGUGUGGUAG